GUCCGCCUACACCACCACAGCGUGCGGCAGGAGCGCGGCAUCUGUGACGCCACUGCCGCAACCUAGGUCGCGGGCGGGGCGCGCGCACCGUUACUGGAGCGUGCGCCCCCUCCAACCCUUUCGCCAGGCCGCGAUACGGCGCAUGCGUAUUAGCGGUCCGCUCCUCCAGCUCAAUACCUGCCCCUUAGGCCGGCCAAGAGAAGUCAUCUGUCGUUGCGUCAACAAGCGUCCAGGAGAGAGGGCGGAGCCUAGGGAGAGGGACGGAGGGUCCCUAUUGGAGGAGGAAGUGCCCUUCUGAGCCGGGAGGCUGACUUUUGGGUUUUAACCUUUUUAUUGUUUAACAUGAGAAACACUGAAACUUGCCUAAGUCCAAUAGAUCCCAAGUACUACAGAACAGCGAGUCACCUGGCCCCCCAAGCCUUCCCUUCCCAUAUUUCAGCCAGCCGCUGCGCUGACAUACUUUUCCAGAUGGCGGCAGCAGAGGCGGUGCAUCACAUCCACUUGCAGAACUUCUCUCGCUCGCUUCUUGAGACCCUCAACGGGCAGCGGCUGGGUGGCCACUUCUGCGACGUGACAGUGCGCAUCCGCGAGGCUUCGCUGCGUGCUCACCGCUGCGUGUUGGCCGCCGGCUCGCCCUUCUUCCAGGACAAGCUGCUGCUUGGCCACUCCGAGAUCCGCGUGCCGCCGGUAGUGCCCGCGCAGACCGUGCGCCAGCUCGUAGAGUUCCUCUACAGUGGCUCGCUGGUUGUGGCGCAGGGCGAAGCGCUGCAGGUGCUCACGGCCGCGUCGGUGCUGCGCAUCCAGACCGUCAUAGACGAGUGUACGCAGAUCAUUGCCCGUGCCCGCGCCCCCGCCGCAGGCACCCCUGCGCCCGUGCCGCUGCCCACGCCCGUGCCCCCGCCGCUCGCACCUGCGCAGCUGCGCCACCGCUUGCGCCACUUGCUGGCCGCGCGACCCCCAGGCCACCUGGGUGUCGCGCAUAGCCGCAAGCAGCGCCAACCCGCGCGCCUGCAGCUGCCCGCGCCCCCCGUGCCGGCCAAGGCGGAGGGGUCGGACGCUGACCCCACCCUGCCCGCGGUCCCAGACGACGGCUGUGACGACGACGACGAGGAGACCGAUGACGAGACCGAAGGCGAGGAGGGCGAAGGCGGCGGCCCAGGCGAGGGCCAGGCGCCCCCUGCUUUCCCCGACUGCGCCGCCGGCUUCCUCAGCACAGCCCGUGACAGCGCGCGCGAGGAGCCGCCUGCGCCCGCCGGCCUCUCUGACUACGGCGGCGCCGGGAGAGAUUUCCUUCGGGGGGCCUCUGCGGCCGAGGACAUGUUCCCCGACAGCUACGUCUCCGCUUGGCAAGACGAAGACGGCACCACCGCCGAAGGCUGUCCAGCCGAGACCUCGGCCCCGCCCGACUGCGUCCUGUCGGGACCCCGCACGCCCGGUGUGAAGACCCCGGGGCCGCCCGUCGCGCUUUUCCCCUUUCAUCUGGGCGCUCCCGGGCCGCCUGUGCAACCCUCGCCUGCGCCCUCCGGGCCGGCCCCUGCGCACCCGCCCACCUUCUACCCGCCACUCCAGCCGGACCCGGCCCCCAGCGCGCCUCUCGGGGAGGCUCCGGCCCCGCCCGCCGCCCCGUCGGCCACCCCUGCGCGCGCCCCGGGUGCGGAGCCGCCCGCGUAUGAGUGCAGCCACUGCCGCAAGACGUUCAGCUCGCGGAAAAACUACACCAAGCACAUGUUCAUCCACUCGGGGGAGAAGCCCCACCAGUGCGCAGUGUGCUGGCGAUCUUUCUCGCUGCGCGACUACCUGCUCAAGCAUAUGGUCACGCACACGGGCGUGCGCGCCUUCCAGUGCGCAGUCUGCGCCAAGCGCUUCACGCAGAAGAGCUCGCUCAACGUGCACAUGCGCACGCACCGGCCCGAGCGCGCGCCCUGCCCCGCCUGCGGCAAGGUCUUCUCGCACCGUGCGCUGCUCGAGCGCCACCUGGCUGCGCACCCGGCGCCCUGAUCCGGGCCUGGGGCCUGGCCACUCCCGCCGUGUGACUGACCACGCCCCCCACCGUCUGCCUCCCCCUCUGAGGGGUCUGGGACACCCGGUGGGGCUAGGCCACGCCCACUGCAUCGUCCCUGCCCAGCGGAGUCACACCCGCUGUGGUGCCUCCACCACGUUCCCGCCACCAGACCACACUUUCCCCGGAGCGCAGGCCCUCCCCAUGCUUCCACCCUUUCCUCCAGACCUGACCAGUGGCCCAGCCCGCCUUACUCUUAUCCUCCUGCCUACUCGAACCCUUCCGGUGGUGGCUGGCUGUGGCUGGGGAUGGUCAGGGACUCGACCCGCUCUGAGAAAUGGAUCAUCCCCAGCCUGAACUGGGCGUUCACACCGUUGGAGCCGGGGCUCAGGAUUCGUGGCUUGGACUUCGCCUCGCACCCUACUCCCUCUGCCCCAGUGUCAUGCUGGGCCAGGUCCCUGGCUCCCCACUCCGAGCUACCCUUCCCUCAUCUGAAGCCUAAGGAGGCUCAGGUGGGCCCAUCAUGGACUGGGACCGGGCCUUGCGACCCGCGCUCUGUAAUAAAGGACUAUGGGCCGUGGAGCCCAAAGCCGGAA